CUGCGCUACGCACUCCCUCCUCCAUGUUACCUCCCACCCUCUCCUCGCUCACUACUCUACCUUGUUUUCUCCAUACUACUUGUUUACACCCCAUCUCGUCCCACACUCACAAACCACCAUCAUCCACUUCCUUUAUUCUUUACUACCAACACUAUGACUUUCCCAAUAAUAUUUUUUUGCACAUUUCUAACUCAUCUCAUUCAAACACCUCUUCUCUUGCAUUUCCCCUUCCUGACUUCAACUGCCCAUCCGUAUCCUGCUAUUUUUUCCCACUGCACAUCACCCUCCUCCUUACAUCCAACUCUUCCACUCACACCUACCUUCUAUCUUACUUCUACCAUUCACACAUUUCUCUCUCACCUCCCACCCUCAAUCCAGUCAUACUCCUUUCUACUACACCCUACCCUUUCUCCCUCUCUACACUAUCCUUUAAUCCAUAUUAAGUCUCGCUACUUCCUUCAUAUACUAACCUCCUCUUCACUAUACCUCCUUACUCGCCUCGUACUCCCCUUCUACUUACCCAAUCCCCCACUUCUCCGAUCACCCACAUCAAACGAAACUAUAAUUAGUCUAAACACUUUCACUACCCUCACCAAUUACAAUACUUUUACACGUCUCACACAACAUUAAAUUACAUAUAAUCA